GUUCAGGCUUGAUCCAGCCCUUUUGCUGGGAUGAAGAGGGUUUUUCUAUCAGUGCUGUUGAUUGAAAAAUACAACCAAUGCAAGCUGAGUUUACAAAGAAUGUGCAGACUUAUUAUGUUUGUUUAAAAAAAAUCUCCAUUCUUCCUUAUGUAAAUCAAGGCUUAGACAAAUAAACUGCCUGGCUCACGGUCUCCAGCAUUCUAGAUCUAUUGCCACGCAGAAUUGAUUUCACCUAAUCAGCACCAUUCUUUAAAAUAAAUCAAAAUAAACUGAAACAAUGAGACAAUAAUGAGAUGUCAUCACAUCUGUAAGCUACCAGGAAGAGUUAUGGGAAUCCGACUACUUCACUUUUCUUCUGUGGUGAUCCUUGUCCUACUCCUUGUAGCAGGUGCUUUAAUGGCUUUGCUUCCUAACAUUAAAGAUGACAAAAUGCCCAAUUUGCAAAGAGAAUCAAAAUCCCAGAGCCAAUCUGCCUUGGAUUCAUUUACUCUUGUUAUGCAGACAUACAAUAGAACUGAUUUAUUGCUGAAGCUCUUAAAUCAUUAUCAAGCCAUCCCCCAUCUACAUAAAGUGAUCGUUGUGUGGAAUAAUGUUGGCGAGAAGAUACCAGAGGAAAUGUGGAAUUCCCUGGGACCCCAUCCCGUACCUGUUAUCUUCAAAGUGCAGACAGUGAAUCGCAUGAGGAACAGACUCCAGAUCUUCCAUGAACUGGAAACAAAAGCUGUUUUAAUGAUGGAUGAUGACACACUGGUUAGUGCCUAUGAUCUUGCAUUUGCCUUCUCUGUUUGGCAGCAAUUUCAAGAUCAAAUAGUGGGAUUUGUUCCUAGAAAGCAUGUUUCCACUCCUUCAGGUAUUUACAGUUAUGGCAGCUUUGAACUGCAGACCUCUGGAUUUGGAAAUGGGGAUCAGUAUUCCAUGAUUCUCAUAGGAGCAGCAUUCUUCCACAGUGGAUACCUAGAACUCUUUCAAAAGCAGCCUGAUGCUGUUCGUGCUUUGAUAGAUGAAACUCAAAACUGUGAUGAUAUUGUCAUGAAUUUUUUAGUGGCAAAGCAUACUGGAAAGCCUUCAGGAGUGUUUGUGAAGCCUGUUGACAUAAGGAAUUUAGAAAAAGAGACUAACAGUGGCUAUUCUGGAAUGUGGCACCGAGCAGAGCACUUGCUCCAAAGAUCUUACUGUCUAAAUAAAUUGGUUAAUAUUUAUGACAGCAUGCCCUUAAAAUAUUCUAACAUUAUGAUUUCCCAGUUUGGUUUCCCUAAUUAUGCCAAUCACAAGACUAAAAUGUGAGCGUGUAUAAGAGGUAUCAAACAGUGAACUCAAGUCAGCAUAAAAUAAAUUAAAUUCUGGUGGAAUUACUCCAGCUUGGCCUCCUUUACACAUAAUCUCUGAAUUUUGCCCUCAGUAUUUUCCCUCAGUGUAAGUUAUUUUGCAAGUUUAAAAAAUAGUAUAUGCAGUGUUCACUUGUCAUAAAAUCACCUGAAUCUCUUAAUACUUGAAAUGAUGCUAUUGUCAAUAUUAUAGGGGCAGAUCUUCAAAGGCAUCUGCAAAAAAAUGUGCAGUCCCUUGGUGCACAAAUAUAAAGAGCAUAAACUCUAUUUCUUUAGAAUAUAUUUACCUAGUCAAGUGAUAUUUUGGCAUAUUUGUGUUAAGUAUAUUUUGAGACUUCUAUGUUUCUCAAAAAUUCCUACUGAAAACUUUUAAUUGCUACACUGAUCUAUUUCCCAUGGUAUUAGAUUUGGUUAUAAAACUCUACAAAGCUUGCAUGCUAACUAUUGUUCUUCAGCAUGAAGUUUUCCUAAUGUUCCAAUCAAAGCAUAAGCCUAAAAAAGUCAUGGAACAAAGCACAGUCUCAGUAUCAAACAACUCUAGGAGCUUCACCUACAACAGCAGCCACUGCUGAGUUCUGGACCAUAUUACUGAUAUUGCCUUUUUCCUAUCAUAACUUUGCCCCCAGUCACUGGGGUGCUGCUCCAAUUGAAAGGAACUUGGGUUAACUUAGGAAAGAUAGUGAAUAUGCAAAACAUAUAUAAUAAGAAAUAUAACUUAUGUUACCACAUAUGAAGCCAAAAGAGAUACGUGCCAUAUUUGCUGCUUACUAUGGACUUUAAAACUUACUCUUAUUUCAGUGUUUUGCAUAAACAGUAGAACCUCAGAGUUACAAACACUUUGGGAAUGGAAGUUGUUCAUAACUCUGAUGUUUUCAUAACUGAACAAAAUGUUAUGGUUGUUCUUUCAAAAGUUUACAACUUAACAUAGUUUUAAUAUAGCUUUGAAAUU